AUGCGCUACACACGUGCCAGUGUAGAAGAAGAUGGGCGUUAUCUGGCAUCUACAGCCGUACUCAUGAGUGAAAUUAUAAAGACUAUUAUUUGCCUGGGAUUUCUUUAUGCCUACCUUCCUCGUAAACAACGCUCAUUCACCCAACUAAUGGCAAUGUUGCAUCGUGAACUAAUUGUUCAAUGGCGUCAAUCAAUCAAGUUUUCAUUUCCUGCUAUUCUUUAUCUAGUGCAGAACAAUCUUCAGUACAUUGCAGCAACACAUCUCGAUGCUGCUACCUUUCAGGUUACUUAUCAGCUCAAGAUCCUUACGACUGCCUUAUUUAGCGUUACAAUGCUGAACCGAAGCUUAUCGCAUCGCCAGUGGUUUGCUCUUGGGUUACUUACUUUUGGUAUCGGUCUUGUAGUCUUACCCCGAGGCUCAAGUUCCAUUGAGGCUGGCGAACCUACUCUUGGUAACCAGUCAAGUGUACAGGGUAUUUUGACAGUUAUGAUAGCAUGUAUGCUAUCAGGGUUGGCAGGAGUAUAUUUUGAAAAGAUCAUCAAGGCACCCGCUGUACGACAGGCCCCAUCUGAAGAUGAAGAACGCCAAAAGGAAGCUAAGAAAGAAGAUCAUGCCAAUGCAGAAGCCAGUCAAUUAUGGAUUGGAAAUAUACAGCUCUCGUUCUUUUCUGUUAUCUUGGGACUUGUGUUUGUAGUAGCACUCCAAGACGGACCAGUAAUUCUAGAAAAGGGAUUUUUUGCAAACUACAAUGUCCUGACCUGGGUCGUUAUUGGUAUCCAAGCCUCUGGAGGGUUAAUUGUUGCGCUGGUGGUCAAACAUGCCGAUAGUAUUCUGAAAGGAUUUGCAACAAGCAUCAGUAUUCUGCUGUCUAGUCUCAUUAGUGUGUGUGUGUUUGGAACCACAGUUUCAAGUUUAUUCAUUUCCGGCGCACUAUUAGUUAUCUACGCAACUUAUUUGUAUGGUCUUCAGUAAUAUCUUGACCAAAUGUAUUCAAAUAAAGUAAUAUAUAUAUGUGG